ACACUGCAUUUUGUUUAUCCCGUGGAAACAUUCAAUGCUUUCAAAUUGACUAUCUGGCGAAAAUAUUCUGAAGAAUGUGAAAUACCAAGUGAAUACUUGGACUUGGUUAACGUAGCGAUAGGCCAAACAAAAUUAUUGACGACAAGCAAAUUUAAACAGUUUAAUAAUCUCAUCGACCAAUGUGAGGGCAAAGAAAGUGAAAAGGUUGUCAAAGCAGAAGACUUAGAGGGGUUUUGGUCUAUGGUCUACUUGCAAGUAGAAAAUUGCAAUCAACGUUUCAACCGACUGGAAAUCUUGAAAAAUAACAAGUGGGUUGAUCCAGAUUUGUGUGUAAUCAAAGAAAAGAAAAUACGUAAAACGAACAGCAUGAUUUCGAAGAAUACAAUUUCGAAAAAACGUGUCAAUAGUGCUGUUGGUGUUAUGCUGAAAGAAGCACGCAAAAUUUUGAGAAACGAAACAAAGGAAAAUGAUGUUGGUCGACGAACUCCCAUGACUCAACAUGGAGGUACAUGGAUAGUAGAAGAUUGUUUAACUAACUACAAGAUACAGGAUGGAAAUACACCGACCCGAGGCAUUCUCAAAACCCCGGGCUCCGUGCGAAGAGUUCCAUGUCCGUCUUUGACAUGGAAGACGAGUCCGCAAGUUAAGCUAUUUAUUGAAUAACAGGCCGUGCGUGCUUCAAAAAACAAAUAAUAAUGAAUAGAGAUGCGUUGUUGUUUCGUUUUGGAUUAAUUUAAGGAUUUUCAAUAAAAUAAUCAUUUGUCAAAGUAA